AUGCAGCCACCUGGCCAACGUUCACCCGACGCAGCUCAGAUGCCGUCCCAACUGUACCUUUCAAAGUUUCUGAAAAAUAAUUUGGGUAUAAGUAAGCCUACUCGGGAAGAAAGAAUAAUGUCCCACGGAAAGCCGAGUCCAGUUGCUUGGGGUUGUUUGCAACAGCUGUUUGAUCAUCUCUGUGAGCUGGGUGCCGAGUUGGAUCUGCGCAACUCUAACGGUCAGACGGUCCUCCACGAGGCGGUGCGUGAACAGAACCUCGAUCGUGUGCUCUCUCUGCUGAUGCUGGGCGCCUGCGCUGUCGUCGCUGACAAUGCUGGCGCACAUCCCCUUCACUAUGCCGUUGAGGUAGGCCUCUCUUCUCCGUCAACGAAACUGACGAUACACCCCAACCCAAAUGUUUGCUUUUACUUUGAAAGUCUGGCCUUACAAACACCUUGCUAG